ACGAAAAAAAAAAAGAAAGAAAAAAGACAAAAAAAGGGGGAAGAAAAUGAAGCAGACCUUAAAAACUCCCGUCAAAUGACUGUUUACAUCGAAUGAGGGCGACGCGGCAUUCGGUCGACGACUCCGUUUCAGAGAAGAAAGCGGGAGACGUAACGGCGAGGAUUAACGCGGAGGCGGAAGGACUCUAAUACCAGCUGCGACUGUUCGGAUUACCCACUCACUGCUCACUGGACGAAAAAAGGGAAAACAAGGAGACGUUUCUGCGCGCGAGGGACGAGGAGGUGACGGACAGGAGCGAAAGUGCUCGCGAGUCGGCAGUUGGAAACCGAACGGAGCCGAACGGAGCCGAACGGAGGCGUCCGAUGUUGUCGCGUGAACUUCGCUGUCGAUGCCGUUUUAAAGCGGCGCUGUAGGAGUUCCCCAGAAGGGGAAAAGACAGUUAAAAUCAACGCCGAGCGAACGGAACCCCCCCGCCCCCCAUACAGUCUCCCUCUUCUCCGUACAGGAGGUUCAUUUCCUGCAAACCCAGCGACAUUUCUCCGGAUAUCUCCUAUAGAGGAGGUCGGGGGAGGAGGGGGUCGCUUGUGCCGAUGCCAACGGCGGACUGCAGGUUGCUCCAUCAUGGCCGGAUCAUGAGGUGUCUGACUUAUCUGCUCCUACUUCCAGAAACGCUGAAAAAGUCCAAGAAGGUCGGCAAGCUCCCGGGCAAGCUGCCGGUAUGUUAUGAGAUCCUGACUCUGUCCCUGACGAGCAAGAAGAAGCACCACAACCAGCAGGAGGAGCAGGAGAAGAUGGCCGCGGAGUUGUACCCCGCCGCCAGCCCCAACAACCCCAACCUGUCCACCGGCACCACGGUGGCGGACACCGAGAAGACCAACAAGGAGGUGCAAGUGAGCCAGGCGGGCGCCGGAGGAGGAGGAGGGGAAGGAGGUGGAGGAGGAGAAGGAGGCCGCGGCAGCGCAGCGACCUCCCCGACCACCCAGCAGAACAUCAACAACAACAACGUGGAGCCGCCGAGCUGGCAGUGCAGCCACCCGACGCUGCGGGAGAGGAACGCCUUGAUGUUCAACAAUGAGCUGAUGGCUGACGUCCACUUCAUUGUCGGCCCCUUGGGGGGGUCGCAGAAGGUCCCGGCCCACAAGUAUGUGCUGGCCGUGGGAAGCUCGGUGUUCUGUGCCAUGUUUUACGGCGAUCUGGCGGAGGAGGAUUCUGAGAUCCAUAUCCCAGAUGUGGAACCGGCUGCUUUCCUAAUUCUGCUGAAGUACAUGUACAGCGAUGAGAUCGACCUGGAGGCGGACACGGUGCUGGCCACCCUGUACGCCGCCAAGAAGUACAUCGUCCCCGCGCUGGCCAAGGCCUGCGUCACCUUCCUGGAGACCAGCCUGGAGGCCAAGAACGCCUGCGUGCUGCUGUCCCAGAGCCGCCUGUUCGAGGAGCCCGAGCUGACGCAGCGCUGCUGGGAGGUGAUCGACGCGCAGGCCGAGCUGGCGCUGGGCUCCGAGGGCUUCUGCGAGAUCGACCUGCAGACGCUGGAGAUCAUCCUGCGGCGGGAGACGCUCAACACCAAGGAGUUGGUGGUGUUCGAGGCCGCCAUGAACUGGGCCGCCGCCGAGUGCAAGAGGCAGUGCUUGGGCCCGACGACCCGCAACAGGAGGGAGGUGCUGGGCAAGGCGCUGUUCCUGGUGCGCAUCCCCUCCAUGACGCUGGAGGAGUUCGCCGACGGGGCGGCGCAGUGCGACAUCCUGACGCUGGAGGAGACUCACAACUUGUUCCUGUGGUACACCGCGGCCAAGAAGCCCCACCUGGACUUCCCGCUGACCGCGAGGCAGGGCCUGGCGCCGCAGAGGUGCCACCGCUUCCAGUCCUCGGCCUACCGCAGCAACCAGUGGCGCUACCGCGGGCGCUGCGACAGCAUCCAGUUCGCGGUGGACAAGCGGAUCUUCAUCGCCGGUCUGGGGCUGUACGGGUCGAGCGGCGGCAAAGCCGAGUACAGCGCCAAGAUCGAACUGAAGAGGCAGGGCGUGACGCUGGCGCAGAACCUGACCAAGUUUGUGUCGGACGGGUCGAGCAGCACGUUCCCCGUGGGGUUCGAGCACCCGGUGCAGGUGGAGCAGGACGCCUUCUACACGGUGAGCGUCGUGCUGGACGGCAACGAGCUCAGCUAUUUCGGGCAGGAGGGCAUGACGGAGGUGCAGUGCGGGAAGGUGACAUUUCAAUUCCAGUGCUCCUCCGACAGCACCAACGGGACCGGGGUGCAGGGAGGACAGAUCCCCGAGCUCGUGUUCUACGCGUGAGGCGCUCGGGACUGGCGCCGGGCGUAUAGAGGACGGCGCCGUCGACCCUCUCCGCCUCCCAGCCUUCACAGCAAUGUAGCAUCAAAGACACUCGACUCAUGGUUCGUCCAGUCAGAGACUACUUUAAAAGCCAAGGAGCUGUCGUUUUAUCUUAUUUAAUUUAAUGUUAUUUUUUUAUUUAAAUACUGGGUUAACGUUAUUCGCUCUGACGGCAGAGCUGCUGUAGGAACAACAUUAAUACGGUGAUGUGUUGCGUAAUCAAGCCGAGCUCCGCCACUGGAACAAGUAGGGACCGCUUCAAGUUGUGUAAUUGCAGGUUUAUAUGCAAUGUUGUUAAUAAAGUGUAAGCAGCAAUAUUA